AUGCGCGCGAGCGGCUCUUGCUCCGGCAUCUCAUUUAAGUCGCAGGCGCUCUACUUCUUUGUCUACGUAACCCGUUAUCUCGAUAUAUUCUGGACCUUCACGGACUCCGCUUGGAACACCAUCUUUAAGCUGCUAUACCUCUCCUCAAGCGGAUACACCCUGCACCUAAUGCUCAAUGAUUAUCGACCCACGCACGACCCUCAACUCGACACCUUCCGUGUCUCGUACCUCCUCGGAGGCAGCGGCGUCCUUGCGCUGCUGUUCCCCAUCAAAUAUACCCUUACAGAAAUACUCUGGGCUUUCAGCAUCUGGCUCGAAUCUGUGGCCAUCCUACCCCAGCUCUUCAUGCUGCAGCGAACCGGCGAGGCCGAGACAAUCACAACGCACUACCUGUUCGCGCUCGGCGCGUACCGAGCGCUCUACAUCCCAAACUGGAUUUGGCGCUACGUAGCGGAGGGUUGGCUCGAACCCCGGGCCCUGAUCGCCGGAAUCGUGCAGACGGUGCUGUACAGCGAUUUCUUCUGGGUGUACUAUACAAAGUGA